AUGUGUGAUGUUGACGAAUUCAGCUGUCAUUCAUCUGGAGAGUGCAUUCCACGGUAUCUCGUCUGCAAUGCCAUCAACGAUUGCACGGACGCCAGUGAUGAGCUGCUGGAAGAGUGUGAAUGUGACGACGACAGCUACUUCCAGUGCGACAACAAAAUGUGCAUCGUGCGACAGUUCGUGUGCGACCAACAGCCAGAUUGCGGCGUCGGUGAUGAUUCUGAUGAGAGGAAUUGCUCCUGUCAGUUGCAUUGCGGGUUGGACAGCUUUCGUUGUUUUUCCGGUUCCUGCAUCUCCAUGUCGGAAAGAUGCGACGGUUUUAACGACUGUGGAGAUAACAGUGAUGAACUUAAUUGCGGUAGGUCGGUCAGCCAGUUGGUCAGUUAG